AUGACAAACUCGCUGGAGUCCUCGCGACCCAUGCUGGCCAGCUCGGCCGGCAACCGUGCCUCUACCCGCAUGUCUACCUACAGCGCUACUCCCACCCUCACACCCUCAAUUGCACCGUCGCAUCUGUCAGAUGCCUCCACAGCCGGCGACCCCAAGUCACAAGACAUCAAGACCUGGAACGCUGGGUUCGAGCGCCUUGAGGACAAGCGCCUCGUCCAGCAGCGCUACAUUCCCAGCGACAACAAGACGGCCGACAUGAGCAAGCUGGCACUGGGCGCAAAGGUGCAGCGCGCGCUUGACCGCCGCAUGUCCAGCCAGGACGCCGUUUUCACCAACAAGGGCCUCAGCGAGAAGAAGAUCCCAGCGUAA